AUGGUCUCGUUCGGUAGGAUUUCCCGCACGCUCGCCGUCCGCGAUCGCGAGGGCAAUCAAGUCGAUGGCUGGAAGAACCCCGAUCUGAUUCCUCUUCCACCUUCUCGUCGGACCUGGGUUGAUCUUGACUUUGUGGGACUCUGGAGUACCUCCUUUGUGACCAUCUUUGGCUGGCAGGCAAUUUCUUCCAUCUUAUCGCUUGGCCUCAAUGUCUGGCAGGCCUUCCUCUGUAACCUGAUCGCCAAGUUGAUCCAAGUCGGCGUUGUUCUUUCUCUGGGAUGGAUUGGCGGUCAGUGGCACAUUGGCUUUACGGUCAGCUCGAGAUUCACCUUCGGGAUUUGGGGAUCUUUCCUGCCAAUCAUAAUAAGAGUCUUGCUGUGCUGUGUGUGGUACGGGGUGCAGAGCUUCACGGGAGGAAUGUUGGUGUCGGCAGUCUUAUCGACCAUCUUCCCGUCAUAUCAGCAUAUGAAGAACACCCUGCCGGCGUCUGCUGCCAUGACAACGAAACAGUUUGUAGGCUUUGUUGUUUACAAUAUCAUUGCGAUACCCUUCCUCUACGUCCCGCCUCACAAGCUCCGAACUCCUUUCAAGGUCUGCAUGACCAUCAGUGCCCUAACCAUCUUUUCCAUGUCUGUAGGCCUGAUGGCGGCAGCGCAUGGUGCCGGGGAUCUCGUUCACACUGGUGUGUCCGUAUCAGGCGGCUCACAGCUCGGAUGGGGCUGGGUCCACGGCAUCACCACUGUGAUCGGCUCCGGAGUGGUGGGAAUGACCAGCCAAAGUGAUUUUAACAGGUUCGCCCGAAGACCCGGUAACCAGGUCUUUGGGCAAACCUUUGCCGUCUUGUUCUUUGGCAACCUCGUCCCGCUUUUCGGCCUCCUCGGUACGUCUGCUGCGGGAAAGCUCUACGGCGACAUUACCGAGUUGGGUCUGUGGAAUCCGCCAGCCAUUGUAGAUGUUUGGCUCUCCACCAGCUACCACAGUCCCAAGAUGAGGGCCGCCUCGUUUUUCACCUCCUUCGGCUUACUUUGCAGCACUCUGGCCUUGAACACGGUGGAGAACGGGAUUUCGGGUGGCAUGGAUUUUGCAGGGCUCCUCCCGCGCUACUUUAACAUUCGAAGAGGCUCCUACGCCAUUGCCAUUAUUGGCAUCCUCAUCCAGCCGUGGCAGAUUGUCAGCAAGGCUUCUGUCUUCACCGCCGUCCUCAGCAGCUUUGGCGUCAUCCUUGGUCCAUUGAUCGGGGUCUUCACCGCCGACUUCUUCAUCGUGCGCAAGCGCAGAGUCAAACUUUCCGACCUUUACAAUCCUUCUCCGGACAGUAUCUAUUGGUUCUGGCAUGGCUUCAACUGGAGAGCCUUUGUGGCCUGGUUUCUUGGAUUUGCACCGUUUGUCCCUGGAAUUGCCUCGGUCAAUCCGGCAAACGAUGGAAAACUUCCCAUCGGCUUGAUCCAGACAUUCUACACGGGGUUUCUGACCGGCUAUGUCAUCGCCUUUGCGAUUCAUGUCCUUCUCAACCGUAUCUCGCCUCCUUUCGCUCAAUACGAAAUUGACGAGUACGAUGUUUUUGACUCAUUCGAGCCGGACGAAGCGGCCAAAAUCGGUAUGUUGAAGAUUGGCGACACCCGCGGUGAGGACGUACCCGGCUUCACCAUGACCACCGACGAGCGAAAAGAGCCUUUGCACAGCUGGUCUCGGGCGUGA